GAAAAAAAGCAUGUGGACCCGCUCAUGCUUAAUCUCACCUAAAGUUGAGGACAGCUUGGACUGUCGCAAAACCUCAUGAACUUUACCCUUCCAGUCAUUCUUUUGCCGCUGUCGCUUGGUACUCAUUCUUCUGCGCUCCUGAGCGCAUCUCGUUGUUCAAAAAGCCUGUGACGUUCGCUCGAUGGCGGUUCGCUCCAAUGGACGGUGAUCCGGCUGUUGACCCGGGGCUUGACUCCUUCAGCUUGGCUUUUCCUUUGCCUUACCGUGUUGGCUUUAUUGCAACUUUGGCUGUCUGGGGAUGGGGAUUAAACCUUCAUUGUCUCCAUCUUUUCAACGUCGACGUUCCACAGUUGAUUCGAUAUCCCGGUCGAGCAUCGCCGCAACAUAUUCCGCACCAUGGCUCGACGUACCGCCUCGCGAUUGCACUUUCGGCGUUGUUCGCAUUAUCGGUGUCUCUCUUUUGGGUUUGCACAUGGGGCAUACCUGAGCGUGUCGUUGCAUUCGGAUGGAUGCCGUUGACAUAUCUCACUGCUUUGAUUGCUAUGUUCGUUGUUCCAUUGAGGAAUCUGCCCAGCGGAGGAAGAAGAAGAUUCUUGGCAACUUUGCGACGCGUGAGCUUGGGUGGGCUUGCUGAGCCGCAGGACGGCAAGUUUGGAGAUAUUCUGUUGGCGGAUGUGUUGACAUCGUACGCGAAGGUUUUUGGAGAUCUCUUCAUUACCCUAUGCAUGUUCUUCUCGGCGGAAGGUUCGUCUACGCAGCGACCUGAUCGCAAUUGUGGAGGAACAGUGCUCGUACCAUUCAUUAUGGGAGUGCCGAGCUUAAUACGAUUUCGACAGUGCUUGAUCGAGUACUUUCGAGUUCGGCGAGCCCCAUACAAAGAGUCCACAGGAUGGGGUGGCCAGCAUUUGGCCAACGCUCUCAAAUAUUCGACUGCGUUCCCCGUGCUCAUUACCAGUGCUUGGCAAAGGUCGACAGAAGACCCCGACUCCAAAGCAGCUCUUCACAAGGCUUGGCUUGUUGCUGUACUCAUCAACUCUCUGUACUCUUUCUAUUGGGAUGUGGCCAAGGAUUGGGACAUGACGCUUUUUUCUCCGAAGCAAGAUCGCGAAUCACCCACUCAUCCUUUUGGACUUCGAGAUCGUCUUGUUUUUAGGUAUCCUAACCUCUACUAUCUAGUGAUCAGUAUGGAUCUGAUGUUGAGAUGCACAUGGUCCAUGAAGCUCAAUGGACGUCUUGAUAGGUUCAGCGAUCUAGAGGGAGGCAUCUUUCUGACUGAAUUCCUCGAAGUAUUCCGUCGAUGGGUAUGGAUCUUCUUCCGUGUCGAGACAGAAUGGUUGAGAAACAACUCUUCAGGCCUUGGAGUCGACGAUAUCCUACUUGGAGAUUAUCAAGGCAAAGACAAUGAGGACGAUUAAUUGCGUCAUCAACGAAAUUACUUGGGGACCAAUGACAACCCAAACGGCGGCCAGCCCUGUCAACUGGGGCGGGCUGUAUAGAAAUUACGGCUUUCACUGAGAUACUCGACCACGCCUCUGGACCAAGAUUUGGACGCUUUCCCCUAAUCCUAUGCUCCUCACCAAGUCAACAUUCCUCACUGAGGCUUUGUGCUGGGCCAGAUACCCUAAUAAAUCAGGGUUUGGCCGGCAAAGGCUUGAGUUGCCACGAGGCCAUUCCCGGUAACUGGGAAAGUUUACAGAUUCAUGAUUAUGACCUGACGAUCUUACUAUCAUAGCCCAGAUGGCUCGUCCCGCGUCUACUUGUGAUAGCUUUACCCCUCCUGGACGAAGGUUCGGUCUAAUUACAAAUAUAGCUAUAUCAAACGAAUUUAAGACAAAUUGGAACUCCGUGAAAGUUGACGAUGCUUCCAGAAACACAUAAUGUUACAAUGUGGUGAAUCUUGGAGGUACCGGCAUCGUGGGCGCGUGUGAUGGCGCCCUCUGACUUCUAGCGACUACUUUACAGCGUCGUUUCUUUUUCUUGCCUUGUUUGUGGGCAUGGCCACACGGCUUCUAACGAUAAUGGCUUUUUGCAGUGUGCGUGCUUCUCAGGCCGCCACAUCCAGAUGCAGAAGAUGCUUUGAGAUCUUCGUUCACUUAACCGAAAAGGAAGAUGAAAAGACCGACUCUUUCCUUUGUGAGCACUUCGCGAGGCUUGGGCGGUCAGUCUUCGCAAUCAAGACACUUGGAAGGG